UGUCUUUUUAAUUCUAAAGACAAGUUUAAAAAAAUACAUAAUGGCUUGCAUAAUGGCCAAGUAUGUCGAGUCACACAUGAUUGCCUUCUGGUUAAGCUUUCUUGUCCUUCUAGUUUGUGAUGAAUGUACCAAAAAUGAUGUUAAGGACAUCAAAAAGGAUCUCAUUUCAUCACCUUGCCCAACAUAUUGCUUACAAAUACCGCCAUUAUACUGUUGUUGCAGUGAUAAAAGUUCUUGUUACACCGCCAUGAACUCGUGUAUCGGGCCAUGUAAGAAAAGGGGAGUGUGUUGCCCCUCAAAAACAUAA